AUGGCCAAGUUUCCAAAUGACAAACCAGAAGUCAAAGGUGACAAAAUCAAUGAGAUAGCUUUAGAUAUGAUGAAUUUUUUUGGGGGUGUGGGUUGGAGUAUGUGUGUUUUUUGGGAGGUGUCGGGAUUUGGGGUGUGGUUUGGGAUAUUGUCAGGGGUAAAGAUCAAUAGACAGGGAUAUAGAAGAUUAAUGUAUUUAGAAUGUAGAUUGUCAGGGGUAAAGAUCAAUAGACAGGGAUAUAGAAGAUUAAUGUAUUUAGAAUAUAGAUUGUCAGGGGUAAAGAUCAAUAGACAGGGAUAUAGAAGAUUAAUGUAUUUAGAAUGUAGAUUGUCAGGAGUAAAGAUCAAUAGACAGGGAUAUAGAAGAUUAAUGUAUUUAGAAUGUAGAUUGUCAGGAGUAAAGAUCAAUAGACAGGGAUAUAGAAGAUUAAUGUAUUUAGAAUGUAGAUUGUCAGGGGUAAAGAUCAAUAGACAGGGAUAUAGAAGAUUAAUGUAUUUAGAAUGUAGAUUGUCAGGGGUAAAGAUCAAUAGACAGGGAUAUAGAAGAUUAAUGUAUUUAGAAUGUAGAUUGUCAGGAGUAAAGAUCAAUAGACAGGGAUAUAGAAGAUUAAUGUAUUUAGAAUGUAGAUUGUCAGGAGUAAAAAUAGUCAAGUUGACAUGUUGUAAAUCAAUUGGCAAGGAUACAGGUGAUAAGUGUGUUUAG